AUGGCCUCCAGCGUUGGCGAGAGCUUGCCCAUUGCAGCGGGGAAGGAGAUCGAUGUCGGUCAGGGAGAUACGGUACUGACACAAGUCGACAGGAGGAGGGGAGAACCACGGAUCACAAGCUGGGCAAGGUUCUCGAGAGAGCUUGCCAUCCGUCUAUCUACCAAGGGUCAGGACAUCGACCUCGGUAGAGGCGAUGGAGCGGUUGUAAAGAGACGAGACGCGAGGCAAAUCCCAUCGACAACUUACGUGGCUUCUACAUGUUCGUUCGCAACUACAUACUUCUCAGCCGAUCCCAGCGAUAGCGUGGUGGUGAUUAGCCGAGAUAUGGCAUGGCUAGUGUUUUCUCCCGGUAUCGCGUCUCGAAAGGGGAGAGACCACCGAGUAGAGUGCUACGAGACUCCCACUACUGUCGGAAGGUCCGUUUUUCCCGCGCCAGAAUCCCAGGCCCAGAGGGAUGAACAUGUUGGAGCUGAGACUGCCGUCGACUUUGAACCCAGCAGCUCUGGUACUCUGCGGUCAAGCGAGGAACAUGCUAAACAAGUCAGCCAGCCAUCCAUCCAUCUUCGCUCGAGGGAGCUCCACGUCGCCCCCGGUGCAGAUUCGCAGGAGCAUCUACACUACACUAAACGCAAGAUGCUCUAG